GAUAACAGCAUAUUUUCUAUGAUAUCCUUUGAUUUUGACUUCAAUGUGAUGAGUUACAAAUACAAUAACUUUGGCAAUUAUGCAGCUGGCUGGUGCUCGAUUUUUUGCAAUGGAAUGUUUGAUUUACAGUGUGAUGGGCAUUUUAUCUUGCAGAAAUUUGGUAUUGUUGUGGAAUUUCUGCCAGGUUCCAUCAUUUUCAUUUCUUUCACCUGUAUCAUAUAUGGCGAUACUGCCAUCAGCAAAAAUGAGGCAUAUUGA